CUAAUAAAAAAAAAGAAAAAAAAAAAGAAGCAAAAUGGCAUUAUUUUCGCAUUGGUGGCGUUGAUAAUGGGAUGUCCAUGGAAGAGGGAUCCCCGAAUUGCAGAAUAAGCUUAAAACACGAAAAGCUGAUUUAGAUUUUACAGACAAAGAAAAGACUUGAAGUAAAAAUGCAAGAAAUUGAUUGAGUUUGCUCUGCUUUUCAUUGGAUCUGUUUUGUGAAUUUUUGUUUCUCGGGAUUUUUGUGAAAAUGGAGGACGCAAGCUCUAUCGACUCAAUUUUGGAGUUUUUGCGGAGAAAUCGUUUCAUGAGAGCCGAAGCUGCGUUGAUUAGUGAGCUUUCCAAUAACAGAAGUUCCAAUGGAAAUCUUCAAAAGCUCAACUUUGAGAACAACGGCGUGAGCAAGCUGUUGGAGAAGAAGCAAGCAAGCAGUAAACGAGCACUGGGCCUUGAAAACAAAAGUCAAGUUUCUUCUGAUGAACUGGUUGUGAAAGAGAUACAGUGUGGAGCUGCUGCCAGUGAGAGAAACCAUAUGACUGAUGUCUCUGUUCAGACACAAAAUGGCUCUUGUGGUAAUGCAGGAGACUUCUGGGAGGAGAGAUUCACGUUUUCUGAAGGUUUAGUAGAUAACGAGCUAGAUUUACCUCCCUGGAACCAUACUUCUGCCGACAUCGUAGCUGACUCUGAGGUAUACAGUAUCGAUCCAAGUGAAAGAGGCUUUUUGAAUCCGCGGAGAUCAAAGCAAUCGAGCCAUGAAAAGGUUCCUGAAACUAGUAGAAGCAAGAAAGUGGUUGUGGAAGACAGCUUCUCUCCUUUCGAGAAGAUACGAACCAGAAGCUCUAGCCAGGUAUCUGAGUAUGAUCAUGGCAAAGCAUGUCGAUCCUUGGGAGUUGAUAAUGAGGUUGACAUACCACUGGAAGGGUUUAUCACCACGUCAUGGCCAAGAAGCGAAGAGACCAUUGGUGUUUCAUCAGACAAUUGGAAGGACUGUUCUGUUACAACUGUUUAUCCGUUGUCCAAAGGAAGCACGUCAGCAAGAGAUAAUGGUGUACCCAAGGUAGACAAAAGGCAAGGAAAGAAAAAGGUUGGCGCGAGUGAUUCCAAGGAAGACGAUGUGGCAACAGAUCUAUAUCUUGGAGACUCAGAGUCUGGCUAUGAACAUAUGAAUCUUCGCAGCUUAGGGUUUUCUCUGGCCCAUGAUUGUCCGAGGGAAGGCUUACCAAGGCUGCCGCAUGUAAAAAUCAAGUCAGAGGAUAAAUCAAUGAACUUUAGUUGGGAAGAAAAACAUGAGCGGGAGAUUUUAGACGAGAAGCUAAUUAACCCUGAGAAUGGUUUCCUCAUAGGCUCUUAUCUAGAUGUUCCUAUGGGUCAAGAAAUCAAUUCAUCAGGUGGCAAAAUAUCUGGUGGAGGAAACUGGUUGUCUGUGAGUCAGGGACUAGCAGAAGAUGCAUCUGACUUGAUCUUUGGCUUUGGCAAUGGACUAGGCGAUCUCAAUGAACAUUCAAAUGAGUAUUGGGACUCUGAUGAAUAUGACGACGAUGAUGAUGUUGGUUACAUUAGGCAACCAAUUGAGGAUGAGGCAUGGUUUUUGGGUCACGAAGUCGACUGUCCUAGCGAAAAUGAAAAGGCCACAGAGCACAGAAGUGUUCCUGAUACGCAGGAUAAAAGUCAAACCAAGAAUGAUGAUGAUCAUUCAUUUGCCGAGGAGGAUUCUUAUUUCUCCGGUGAACAAUAUGUGCUAGCAAAAGGCAUUGAGCCUGUUACCGCUUCAGAUGAUCCGAUGGGUCUCUCAAUGACUGAAACAUACAGCAGGACCAAUGAACCUGACUUGGUUGCUCGAUAUGACGGGGAAUUAAUGGAUGCAGCGGAGCUAAAUUUGCUGCGUACUGAACCUGUGUGGCAGGGACUUGUCACCCAUGAAAAUGAUAUAAUAUUGUUCAGCAAAGGGAAAGCCGAGGAUAACUGUGGUUCGAAGGAUAUCCGCGCAGAAGAGGAUCGAAAUGCUGCAGUUAGGUCGAUUGGUGUAGGAAUAAGCGAUGAUGUUGAUGAAAAUGGGAGCAUGGUAGCUGAUUUUUUUCCUGGAGAAGGUAGUGAAUGGGAUCUGGAGCUCCUUCCUCAUCGCCAAGUUGGAGUUGCUGGUGUCAAGCCUCCACCUGGUAAAGGUGCAAGUAUGCAGCUAAAAAGUUUUGCAAAUAGUGGUUUCUCAUUUCCCUCUCCAGUACCUGAUGGACAGAUCUCCCAUGAAGAUUCUACAAACCCUGAGUUGACAAACCAUUGCAAUGUUGCUGUGAGAAAGGAAAGUUAUGGAACAAAGGGGCUAGUUGAGUACGAUAGUGUGCUUGUUGCUUCGACAAAAAGACCCAGCGGCUCUUCGUCUGAAAGAAAUUUAAGAGAUAGGGAUGGCGAGAAGGUUGCAAGUUCAAGAAGUUCUUCCCCAUCCGAACUCUCACUAAGUUCUUAUAAUGAGAGAGAUCACUGCAAGGAAGAAGAUGAGGAAGAAACCAGUCAUGGGCUGGAAGAAGAUAUUGGGACCUCAUUUGAGGAUGAAGAUGCAAUCGUGGUCCAAGAGCAAGUAAGACAGAUUAAAGCCCAAGAGCAGGAUUUUGAGACCUUCAAUCUGAAGAUCGUUCACAGGAAAAACAGGACUGGUUUUGAGGAGGAUAAGAACUUCCAUGUGGUUCUGAAUUCUGUCAUAGCUGGUCGUUACCAUGUCACUGAGCAUCUAGGAUCAGCAGCUUUUAGCAAAGCAAUACAAGCACAUGACCUCCACACAGGCAUUGAUGUCUGUGUAAAGAUCAUAAAGAACAACAAAGACUUUUUUGACCAGAGCCUUGAUGAGAUAAAACUUCUCAAGUAUGUCAAUCAGCAUGAUCCCGCUGACAAGUACCAUCUCCUUCGACUGUAUGACUACUUCUACUUCCGGGAGCAUCUAUUAAUAGUUUGUGAACUUCUCAAGGCAAAUUUGUAUGAGUUCCAAAAGUUUAAUAGGGAAUCAGGUGGAGAGGUUUAUUUCACAAUGCCAAGAUUGCAGUCAAUUACUAUCCAGUGCUUGGAAGCAUUGCACUUUCUACAUGGUCUCGGCCUUAUACACUGCGACUUAAAACCGGAAAACAUACUUAUCAAAAGCUACAGCAGAUGCGAAAUCAAAGUUAUUGAUCUGGGAAGUAGCUGUUUUGAGACAGAUCAUCUGUGCUCCUAUGUCCAGUCUAGAUCCUACCGUGCUCCAGAAGUCAUUCUUGGGCUUCCAUAUGAUAAAAAGAUAGACAUCUGGUCACUUGGCUGCAUUUUGGCAGAACUGUGUACCGGCAACGUUCUUUUCCAAAAUGAUUCUCCGGCUACUUUGCUUGCAAGGGUCAUCGGUAUAAUCGGAUCCAUUGACCAAGAAAUGCUUGCCAAAGGACCUGAUACAUGCAAGUACUUCACCAAAAAUCAUUUGUUAUACGAGAGGAACCAGGAGAGUAACAAUUUGGAAUACCUGAUACCUAAAAAGUCGUCGCUAAGGCGUAGACUGCCAAUGGGUGACCAAGGCUUCAUAGACUUUGUGGCACACUUGCUCCAAGUUGAUCCAAAGAAACGCCCUUCUGCAUCUGAAGCUCUUAAGCACCCAUGGUUGACUUAUCCCUACGAACCCAUAUCUCCCUGAUUCUGACAAAAGAGGAAGAAUCGGUCUGUGCGAUAAUUUGACAUCUUCAUGAUCAAAGUCCAGAAUGGAUGAGAGCUAGUCAAGGAAGAAGAUGAUGGUUUGUUUGCUUCCCUUUGUUUUUGUUGAAACUCUUGUGAAAGGGAAAUCUUUCAGACCUUGUUGUAUAUUACUUUUUCUGUGUGACUAUUUGCUCAUUUGGUCUUAGCAUUUUGCUUCAUUUUGUAGUUUGUGAAAUAUAUAGUCCCUUCUUCAAGUUUUGAUUUUUUUUUGCCAAAUGCUUUGGGUUACAUGAUUGUAUACGGUGGUAUUUGUAUAAGCAGUGCGUGUGUCUUUGGAAUUUGCCAUUGUUUCUGCAGCUGAUUUAUAUGCUACCACGCUACUAAGGUUUAGCUUGUA